CCCCCAUCUCCACCACCCAACACCACUCUCCUUAUCUGCAACGGCGCCCCUGAUAUUCUUCCUCGCCACGCCCAUCCGCCAUCCAUGCCCCCAUGACCCUCUAUGACCACACCGGACGUCUAUCGUGAUGCGGAAUACAUCGCUGACGUGUCCGGCAUCAUCCCCUAUGGCGAGACCCAUGCUCCCAGCCACAAUGCCGACCUCACGGCCCGCCUAAAAAAGGUACAAACGGCCGCGAAAGUCGCCUUUAUUGAUCGUCUCCUCCGCGACCUGGAUAUAUUAAUUUAUUGCGAGCUUUCGAUUUUGUAUUAUAUGGACUGCUCAAUAACCCUCCUCUCCCUCCGCGCCAUCAUCCAACUCAUCUUCUUCACCCCCAAAUCCCCCCCCUUCGAACCAACCCGCAACCAACCCUUCAUCACCGCCAUCCUCGGCAGUAAUUUCUUCUGCAUGCUCUUCCACCAUUUCUUCACGCGGCCGGAAGCCGGCGAAGCGACGCGCGGAUACCUCCACGGCGGACUCUUGAUCGAUUUCAUUGGCCAGAAGGCGCCGAUUCCGUUGGCUCGGUUGCUGUUUUUGGAUGUGUUGGUGUUGGGGCUUGAUUUGGUUAUGUUGGGGUUGAUUGUGGAGAGGGUGAGGAUUGUGGAGGAGAGGGGCGGUGCGGGGGCGGGGACGGCGGUGGUGGUGGAGGAGGAGGGGGGGUCGAGUGAAGAUCAGGAUCGGGAUCGGGAUCGGGAUCAUGAUUUGGAGGAGCGGGGGGAGGGGGGGGAUGAGGUUAGGGAAGGGAUUGAGAUGGGGGAUAUGGGUGAUGGAGAGAGGACGGAGUUGUUGGCUGAUCCGGAGGAGGGUGCUGGCAGGGACGCGCAUCCGAUGGAUACGUUUGUGUCGGGCCAGGCGGUCAUCAUGGAUGUGGGCUUGGUGGAUCUGGUUCGCGAUCAGUGGCGGUAUAGUCCUGCGGCGGCGCGACGGUCGACGCCGUAUGUGCCUUCGGAUCAGACGGCGGCGUUUUUGAGAGAGCGGUUUGGGAUUCGGGUUGGGCCGGAUGGCCGGAUGGAGAGGAUUGCGACGACGGAGUCGUAG